AUGAAAUCAAUACUUUUUAAAAUUUUUACAUUUAUUGUUAUAAAUUUUAUUUAUCCAAUAUUUUCAAAUAAUUUAAAAGUUGAAACUAUAAAUAUAAAUAUAGAUAGAUUACAAAAUAAAGAUGAUAAUGAUCAAAUAAAUAAAAAUAAAAAACAACAAAAACCAAUUAAAAUAAUACAACUUUCCGAUAUUCAUUAUGAUAAAAUACCAUUAAGAAUAACUGAUAAAUUUUUAGAGAAAAUUGUUAAAACUACAAAUGAUUUAAAACCAGAUCUAAUUUUAAUUACAGGUGAUUUAAUUGAAAGAGAUCCAAUACCAAUUUCACAAUUAUAUAAUAAACAUUUAUCGAAAUUAAAAUCAAAAUAUGGUGUUUAUUCAAUACUUGGUAAUCAUGAUUAUAAAAAUUCAACAUCACCAGAAAUUAUAAAGAAUGCAUUAAAAAAUACAAAUAUAAAUUUAUUAGAAAAUGAAAUUGUUUAUCCAAUGGGUAAAGAGAAUGAUGAUGGUAGUGGUGGUAUUCAAUUAAUUGGUUUUGAUAAUUAUGCAAAAAGAGAUAAAAAACAAAUGGAUGAAUUAAAUAAUGAAAUUAAAUCAUCGUCAAACGAAAAUUUAAUAAAAUUAGCAUUAGUACAUAAUCCAGAUCAUGUUAUACAAAUGUUACUUAAAGAUAAUGAUUUAAAUAUGGAUAUUGCUUUAUGUGGUCAUUCUCAUGGUUCUCAAAUUUGUUUUCCAUCAUUCAAUUUUUUAGGUUUUAAAAUUGGUUCUGGUGGUCCAGUUAUGCCACAUUUUGAAAGUUUAUUACAAAAAAUACCAUUUAAAUUUAUACGUGAUAUUAAAUAUCCUGGUAAAAAAACACUUAAAUAUUGGCAAUAUGGUAAAGGUUAUCAUAAAAUUAUGAAUAAUGAUAAUUUAUUAAUUGGUGCUCAUAAUAGUAAUAAUAGUAAUAAUAAUAAUAAUAAUAUAACAAAAUUAAAUUUAUAUGUUAACAGAGGUUUAGGUACUCAUCCACCUGUACGUUUAUUUUGUGACCCUGAAAUAACAGUUAUCAAUAUUUAUCAAUAA